CUGCUGGGCAAACAUGGCGGACUACUCAGCACUGGCAGCUUCCGUGGGGCGGUUUUUUGCCAUAGAACACCUUUUUCUAGGCUUUAUUCUCGUCUGUUUUGGUAUCGCAGACUAUGUUAUUCCUGAUUUUUUCACAGGCAACCUAUGUUUUGGAAUUUGGACCGGUGUAUGGAUGGGUAUCACGGGAAUUUUGGGUGUUGCUGGUACUCGCAGGGAACGAACUAACUCCCGAGAUAUAUUUGCCAGUGUCUUCAUGGGCUUCUCCAUCACCUCAUCUGUGCUUAGUGGAAUAAUCAUUAUUUUCUACAGCAUUGCAAUUCACUCAAAUUCUUACUACAGUUAUUACAACUCCUACUAUUCGAUAGAAGAGGCUAAAUAUUCAAUCACUGGCAUCAUUCUGUUCAUUGGGAUUUUAGAGUUUCUCAUGGGAAUCUUGGCGGCUAUCUGUUGUUGCGCAAUGAAGGUGUGCGCGUGUUGCUACAGUCACGCACAAUCUCGACAGACGUAUGGACAAAUGAUGCAACCAACCAUGACUUAUGGGCCUGGUGGUCCUGUGGCAGUUCCAAUGCAAAACCCUGUUGGUCUAGGUGCAGUGCAAACUGAGGCAAAGAAACCACAGCGAGGCCAGCCUAAAAUGAUCAUGGUGCCUGCAUCUGGAGCAAUGGGAGGUCAUUCACAGGUGAUGUAGUUCCCUACAUCUAGAGCCACGCCUACAGCUCCAGUGUCUCUGGAAUUUGAGUUUGAUUUAGAAAAUAUAGAUAUCUUUUUUUUUAUUCUAUAUAUAUAUUGUUAAAUGAUAAAAUUACAAUUAUAGUUAAUCUACAAUAUCGUAAGGGUUUUCUGUAUUGGUGUUAGAAAGAAAAGGAAUGGAAAUAUUAUAUUAGUUAAGGUCAUUUAAUGUAAAUUAUAAAAAGGGCAGGUUGAUUACUUCGUACUCCUUCUUGGUGGUCUUGUCUUAAAGGUCGAGUUUGAUCACGUUCUUCUUGUGAGUUUGGCCACGUUCACCUAGUGAGUUUAAUCACGUUUUCUUCGUUGUGAUCGUGAGGUUGACAUGGAACUCGUGAUAAGCCAUGUUCUUAAAUAAGUUAAUUUGUUAGUCCAGGAAGAGUAAAUCUCCCUGGUAAUAGGUCGCGUUCGACACCUUCGUGUUCCCAGAGUUAAUUUUAGGGUAAACAGGUGAUACCCCUCAUGUUUCGCAAGAAUAAGCAAUUUGGGGGUGGUACUUGUGAGCGCCUUUCUUCUUUAACUCUUGUGACCAAGAUGUUGUUAUGUAACAAUCUUUAAAGGUGAUUUUCUCUUAAGAUACACUUUUAGGUAUAAAUAAUACUCUACACCAAGGUUAUUUGUAAUUUUUAUAUUGUCGAUCUCGUUUCUGUUCUGGCCGAUCUCAACCGUAAAGAUAUGAAAAUUAAGGAAGAAAUUGAUUUUGUAACGUAGACCACCCUAAGGUGCUUAUUCAGUAUGUGGGAACUAUAAUACGUAGUCAAACGUGAUUCGCUAGUUGAGACGGUACGAUGACGACACAAGAAGAUUGACGGCUUCGAAAUGUCAUCCGCAGUGUCAUCUUUAUAAGCGGAGACUCUAGUUUUCCCUGUUUUAUCGAAGCUAGUCCUUAUUGUAACAACUUGAGAAGAAAAGUAAAUAAAGAAGGAUCAACCAAACCACAAA